AUGGCAGCCGCAGAGGAAGAAGAAAACCAGCACUCCGAAACGCUCCUCUGGGCGAUUCACAUGUGCUUCAACAGCAAGAUAUACGCAGACGUCAAGAUCCGUCUGGGCAGCGUUGAGCUUCCAGCACAUGCCAUCGUGCUUUCGGCACAGAGCGACUAUUUCAAGGCGGCGUUGAGGUCUCCCAUGAAGGAAGCCACCGAGAGGAAGUUUGAGUACAGCGAGGGCAGCAUGCAUGCGCACUGGAGGGUUUUUGAGUACAUGUAUAGAGGGGAAUACUCUGAAGAUCCUGCACAGCCGCUGCUCCCGAUUGCGGACGAUGAGGAACUCAUCAAAGACAUUCGCGUGUACCAAUUGGCCGACUACUUCAGAGUGGAGGGCUUAAAGGAAUAUGCCCUGCAGAAUUUCGAGUCAAAGAUCAAGCACCUCUGGGUCAGCGAGAGCUUUGUCGACUGUAUACGAGAGGUGUAUGGGGCAACCGGCCUGGGCUACGAAAUGAGAAAGGCAAUUCUGCAGAUUGCGCGCAGCCACUUGGGAGAGCUGUGGGAGAAGAGGGCCUUUCGUCUGCUUGUUCGCGAGGGAGGCGACUUUCCGAUGGAGAUGAUAAGCGGAUUCAUCAACAAAUGA